GUAAACAAUAGGCAUAACUACGGCUGUGUAAACGAAACAUCUGUACUCUAAGUAAAAAUAAGUGCGCACAACCUUGUUUUAUGGAUCCGAGAUCACAAUUUAUAUUUUCUACUGCUCAAACAUAUUUCCAGCUGGACAGCAUAAAUUUGAAUGAGCUUGAAAAUGAACGACAUGUCAGUAGUUUUUUAGAUUGCCUAAAUAUUUUUACUCUUGCUUGCUACCUCGGAAAAAACGGAAGUUUAUUGUUCUUUAAUGAGAUUGUACAUCAUGACAAUACAAAACAAAUGCUCGUGUUUGUCAAAUUACAACCAACCUACUUAAAUGAGAAAAAUUAUAAAACAAACGUUAUGGUUUGUUCAAUUCCUGGUUCUCCAGUUCUUAGUUUCUACACAUCUAUCAGCAAAUUAUUCGCGCCUUUGUUACUAAAAGGUGAUGAUAAAUCAAUGUUACAAGACCCAAAGAUACAGAUAGCUCUGACGAAUCUGGCUGCCGGACUGUCUUCCAUCGUUAGCGAGGGUGAUGGCUCCGAAAACAUGACAAAUAUUUUCACACUCACGGAUGAAGUUAAUUAUUGGCGCAAUAAAUCAAGAUGCUGUUCGAAUAAUAAUGUAGAUGAGAUGAAGCAGUGUGAGCUUUUUGCAUCCCUUCUUGAAAGUCCAGCCAAAGAAUGCAAUCGUAUUGAGUCUUUAUCUCAAUCAGCCUUGGAUUCAAAUAUUGACUCAUUGGGAUUGUCUAUUCAUUGUGCUAAUUCCACUCAAAAACAGCCUUCUUUUGGAGUUUUCCUAACAGAUUUAAUUGACAUUCUUGACUCGCUUUUGAUAGAUACGUUGGAUGAACUAUGGAGGUGCACUGAUCCACGGGUAAAACAACCUUAUCCAGAGCACAGGAUGAGCCGACUUAUUGAAAGUUUGAGUUACUGGACAAUACGCAUGAUCCAAGGUUUUCUGGGAAAUGUUCAGACGUUAUCAGAGAAAGCAAAAAUAACCAUCUCAAGUUUAUGGACGUUGCCUUUUGACGAAGUUAAACAGGCUAUUCAGCUAAGCAUUGAAGCAUGCGAACGAUGGAUAAAAUCUACUGAUUUAUUAACUCAACAAUUAUGGCCACGUUAUACACCACAUCCAUGGAAUGGUCCGUUACCAAAUUUGGCAUAUCUAAUCCAGUUUAAAAAUCGAUUGAAUGAAAUACUUAACUUACGAGGUUUAUAUGAACAAUUAUAUUAUUUUACAACACCCAUUGAACAUAAUCAAUUCAACAUGGAUUCUGGAUUACAUAAUAUUAUGUUUAAUACAUUAGAAUUUGACAAUCUUAAACAAGAGACAAUAUCACCAUUAUUAAAACAAUUUAUUAAUCCAUUAGCAUAUAAUCCUUAUACAAUUGAACAAUGGCAAUCUGUUAUACAAUUAAUUGAUAUACGUCUUCAACCAAUUGAAGAAUGUGCAAUUAAUAGAUUUCGAACAAAAUUACUAAGUUUAUCAAAUAAAGUUGAUUCUUCUGGUGUUACUUAUCCCAGUCGAACUGUUGCAAAUCAAAUUUUGAUGGAAUUCCAGAAAUUUCAAUAUUUAAUUCAUCGUCCAAUUGCUGCAAAAAUUUUACAGUCAGAAAGAGAAUUACUUCUUGGUUAUUUGGAAGUUUCAUUGAAAGAGUUUCAUGAAGAAUUUCUAGCUAAAUCAAAUACUGCUAACUCAAAUCCACAUUAUCAUCAAGAACAAUCACACAAAAAAUCUUCAACAAUUGUAGUUAGGAAUAUUUCUGAUUGUAUAAAUCAAAUGCUUUGGGGAGGACAGAUGAAAUGUCGUAUACAAGAGGAAUUUACACUUGUAAAAUUUCUGUUGUCUGAUUUACAACGUUUCAGUGUAUAUGAACAGCAAGCGCUGAGCUUAAUUGAACAAAUUGAAGACUGGCACAAUGAACAAUUUCAAGCAUGGUCGCGUGAUAGACUCUUAUCACUUUCGACAACAAAGGAAUCAAAUCAAUCCUCAUUAGCAUUUGAUCCAAAUGGUCCUCUGUUGAAUCUAUCUACAGUUGAUGGUCAUUUAGAAGUCGGAUUCCCAGACGGUUUAGUGCAGUUACAACGAGAAGUGAAACUAUUGUCUGGAUUAGGCUAUCCGAUACCUUAUAAACUAAUACAAGCUACAAAUGAAGCUGAAAAGAUAUCACAAUAUGCAGUAAUGUUGAGACAGGUAGCUCAUUUCUAUAAUUCUAUUGAUAGCGAAAUGUUACCAUUUCAAAAACCUUUAAUGCUUAAUUCAGCAUUAGCAUUUGAACGUCUAAUUAAAUCAUAUAAUUGUAAACAAAAUUUCACUAAAGAAAAUUUAUUAAAUUCAAUUACAUGGGAUCAAACAGAACAAGUACAACAAUAUAUUCAACAAUUACAACAAGCAACUCAACAAUUAAUCAGUGAAAAUCGUCGUCUACGUAAAGUACAUUAUAUGCUCAUAGAAAGAAUUAUCAAACUAUUGGAUAUUGAUUUACUACGUAAUCAAUCUAAAUGGAGAAAUGAAUUGAAUGAAAUGCGAUAUCAAUUAUCUGAAAUUGCUACCAAUGGUGGCUAUCCAGCUAAUCAUAUGGCACCAUGGAGAGCAUUUCUAGAUCAUCAAUUAUACAAAGUAUUGGAAUAUCAAUAUAGAAGAGGAUUAGAAGAAAUUAGUGAACGAAUGCCUGAAAUGCGUAUUGAUAUGGUUUAUAUACAAUCAUGUUUAGCAUUUCGACCACCAUUUGAAGAAAUAAAAGCUAAAUACUAUCGUGAAUUAAAAAAGUUCAUUUGUAUUCCGAACAAUUUUCGUGGAUUCAAUGAAUUUAUUCCAUCUGUUGGUACAGAUAGUACGUCUACUACUUCCAUAUCUAAUAUGAAUAAACAUAUAUUCUCAUGUAUAAUUGAUAAUCAAGAAAGUGGCUUACGUAUAUGCUAUAAAAAAGCUGAAUUCUUAUUUACUCGACUAUUUGGUAGUUUAGAACAAUUUCAAGAUUGGGUUAUAUUAGGUAGUUUAAAUUUAGACGAUUUUGUGGAUUUACAUUGUCGUGAUUUGGAUGAUUAUGAAAGGAAUUUCAAGGCUCUGAAAAUACGUAGUCGUGAUAUAGAAAAAUUGCCAAAUGAAAUACGAAUUGAUUGUAUUAUAGUGAAUUGUUUACCAGUUAAAACAGCUAUUAACAGUUUACUUCAGAAUUUAUUCGACACAUUACAAAAUUGUCUACGUAGAUCAAUUCAUGUUGAUUUAGUAGCUGCAGAUGGAUUUUUAACAGAUUCGUUAGAAAAGCUUUCCAGCCGACCUCAAACAAUUGAUGAAUUGAUUGCAGCUAAAUCACAAUACAAUGAGUACAGUAAAACAAUCAAUUAUUUAAAUGAUCAAAUUCAAUGUGCUGAAAGAAAAAAUCAACUACUUUGUACAGUAUCCGGUAAUGGUGUUACAACUAUAGCUGCAGUAAAAACGAAAUGGGAAAAAUUCAAUGCAAUGAUGGAAAGUUUCCAACUUAUGAUGAAUGAACAAUUAGAAAUUUUAAAGUUAAAUGUUAUCAAUGAAACAAAUGUUUAUUUUAAUAAUUUGGAACGUUUUAAAAAUCGUUGGAAUCAAUUUAAACCAGGCAAAAAUGUAUUAGAUUCUAAUAAUAAUGAAUUAUGUCUAUCUGCUGUAACAAUGAUCAAAGAAUAUGAAACUGAAUUUCGUGAAUUUGAAUUGAUACGUCAAAAGUUAAUACGUGAUUAUGAGUAUUUUGAUAUGCCUAAACCAGAAUUUUCAUUGGUUACUGAAUUAGCCAAUGAUUUAAAUGAAUAUUCACUUAUGUGGUUAGAAUAUGAUAAUUUUUCUAAGGAACUUCAAAACUAUGCCAAAGAAGAUUGGAUAUCAUUUAAAUCACGUUAUUAUGUAUUUGAAGAAUUUCUAACAGAAUGGUCUAAUAAACUUCGUUCUUUACAACCAACUCCAAUGACUGUUCGAUUACAAAAAGAAAUUGGUGGAUUUAUGGAUCUUAUACCUGUAUUGAAAUGGUUAAAAGGUGAUCAUCUAACUAGAGAUCAUUGGUUUGAAUUAUUUCGUUUAAUUGGAUUAUCGAAAGAAUUAAAAUUAGAAAAUUUAUUAUUUGGUGAUUUUUUUCCAAUUAUAUCUAAUAUAAUUAGUCAAUCUGAUAAGCUAAAAUCUCUUUCACAACGUGCACAAGCUGAAAUUGUUGUUAGAGAAGCUUUACAAGAAUUAGAUUUAUGGGGUUCUGGUACUACAUUCACACUAACUGAAUAUAUAGAUAGUUCUGGACAAAUUGUGUACUUGGUAAAAGAUUGGAAAGAAAUUGUUAGUCAGGUUGGUGAUAAUCUGGCUUUAUUGGCUUCAUUACAAGAUUCUCCAUAUAUUGAUAAUUUUUUGGAUAGAUCCAAUGCUUGGGUACAGCGUUUAACUGACUUGGAUUAUUGUUUGAAUAGAUUUCAAUUAGUACAACGUAAAUGGGUUUACUUAGAACCAAUUAUGGGCCGUGGUGCAUUGCCAAAAGAAACUGCACGAUAUGCACAAAUCGAUGAAGAAUUUCGUAAACUAAUUGGUUAUUUGAAAGUAGAUAAUCGUGUUAUUAGUUUAGUUAAUGGUAUGAAAGGUAAAGCUUUGAAGGAUACAUUAAAUAAUUUACAGGAACAAUUAACUCGUUGUCAACGUGCAUUAAAUGAAUAUUUAGAAGAAAAACGUAGUAGAUUUCCACGUUUUUAUUUUCUUGGUGAUGAUGAUUUAUUAGAAAUAUUAGAAAUUAUUUCAAGGAAUACAUUCAGUGCAAUUCAAAAACCAUCAUCAUCCCAUCAACAACAACAACAACAACGAGAUCAUAAUCAAAAUACUGAAGAUUUAAAAAUGGAUCCAAAUAAAUUAUCAACAAAUAUUAUGGCAAUAUGUUCAUCUGAAGGUGAAAUUAUCCAAUUACAAAAAUCAGUUCAAUUAACCAAUGAAAUUGAAAUUUGCCUUGAAAAAUUAACCAAUCAAAUGAAAGUAACAUUAAAUGAAUUAUUAGUUCAAUGUUUCAAUGAUAAAUAUUCAAUGGAAAAUCAACAUCAUCAAUAUAACUUUAAUUCAAAUAAAUAUCCUGAACAAAUUUUAAUAUUAUCAGAAGCAAUUCAUUUUUGUAAAAAUGUUGAAAAUGCAUUAAAUUGUGGUGAAUUAUAUCGACUUAAAAAGGAUUUACAGUCUCAAUUAGCUAUGUAUACUUCAGCUAAACAACAAAAGAAUAUGAAAACAAAUGAACAUUGUACAAAUUCACAAGAAUCAAAUGCCCAGUAUUCAACUCAUUCACGUUUACAAUCUUGUAAAUUAAGCUCAUUAAUAUUAGAUAAAAUACAUUCAAUUGAUAUAAUUGAUCAAUUGAUUCGAAAUGGUGCAGUUAGCCCAAAAGAUUGGAUAUGGCAACGUCAAUUACGAUUUUAUAAUAAUCAGAAUCAGAAUUCCGUGUAUAACUAUACAACUAAAAUAAAAAAUGAUAAUAAUAAUUCAAUGAAAACAUCUAUAUGUAUGGCUGAUGCAGAAUUCUUAUAUACUUUUGAAUAUCAAGGCAAUUCACCACGUCUAGUGCAUACUCCAUUAACUGAUAAAUGUUAUUUAACUUUGACACAAGCUAUGCGUAUGGGUUUAGGUGGUAAUCCUUAUGGUCCAGCUGGUACUGGUAAAACAGAAUCUGUGAAAGCUCUUGGUUCUAUGAUGGGUCGUCAGGUUCUUGUUUUCAAUUGUGAUGAAGGUAUUGAUUUACGUUCUAUGACGAGAAUUUUUGUUGGAAUAGUAAAAUGUGGUGCUUGGGGUUGUUUCGAUGAAUUUAAUCGAUUAGAAGAAUCUGUUCUAUCUGCUAUUUCAAUGCAAAUUCAGAUUAUUCAAGAUGCAUUGAAAUGUGGCACACCACAAAUCAAUCUACUAGGUCGUACUACUAAUGUUGACCCUAAUUCUGGGUUAUUCAUCACAUUAAAUCCCAUCGCUAAAGGAUAUGGCGGACGUCAAAAAUUACCAGAUAACUUGAAACAGUUAUUUCGACCAGUUUCAAUGACAAAACCAGAUAUUGAUUUGAUAGCUGAAAUGAUUUUAUUUUCUGAAGGAUUUUCCAAUGCUCAAAUAUUAAGUCGUAAACUAGUGUCUGUUUUCUCAUUAGCAAAACAACUUCUCUCAGUACAACAACAUUAUGAUUGGGGUUUGAGAGCAUUAAAAACUGUCUUACAUUGUGCUGGAACACUUUUACAUAUUGAUAAACAAAAUUCAAAUGAAUUGAAUAACCAUCAUGAAACAAAAGAUCAACAACAUUCUUAUGAAUAUGAAGCACAAUUUAUAAUACAAGCAAUUAAAACAAAUACAUUAGCUAAAUUAACAAAUUCUGAUGCUAAACAAUUUGAAAAUCUCAUUAGAGAUGUAUUUCCUGAUUUGUGUCUACAUAAUAAACAGUUUAAAAAUCAGGAAUUAACCAAACUCAUUGAUUCAAUACAUUCAGUAGUAAGAGAACAUAAUAUGAUAUUAGUAGAAGCCCAGAUUCGAAAAGCUAUCGAAUUAUAUGAACAAUUAUCACAACGUAUGGGUGUUGUGUUAGUUGGACCAUGUGGUUCUGGGAAAUCAACAAUUUUAAAUUUAUUACGUUUAGCAUUGAAUAAAAUGGGAAUAUCAAUACGUUCACAUAUAUUUAAUCCUAAAUCAAUGUUACGUGUACAGUUACUUGGUCAAAUUGAAGCAGAUACUAGAGAAUGGACAGAUGGUGUACUUACGCAUAGUGCAAGAUGUGUUGUUAAAGAAUGUAUGGAUCAAAAAUGUUGGGUUAUAGCUGAUGGUGAUAUUGAUCCUGAAUGGAUUGAAUCAUUAAAUUCUGUAUUAGAUGAUAAUCAUUUAUUAACAUUACCAAAUGGUGAACGUAUACAAUUUGAUACAAAUGUAAAUUUUCUAUUUGAAACACAUGAAUUAAUUCAUGCAAGUCCAGCUACUAUAUCAAGAAUGGGUGUUGUAUAUGUAAGUGAUGAAGCUACUAAUUCACAUGCAUUUGUUGAAGCAUGGUUAAUGAAUCAACCAGAAAUGGAACAAAAUCAACUGAAAUAUUUAAUAGAUUCAGUAUUUUACAAAUGUUUAGAAUGGGUCUAUCAAAAGAAUGAAUUUAUCGUUGAUACUAGUCCGGCUGCCAUAAUAUUUACUGGUCUUUCUCAUCUAGUUGGUGCAAUUACACCAGCGUUGUUUACUGUAGGGUUAAUACGUGGAUUAGGUGCAAAUCUUACAGAAUCUGCGCGUAAUGAAUUAGCUAUCAAAGUAUAUGAAGCUACAGGAGAAAAUCCACCUGAUAUAACUAGACCUUUAGAUGUACAGGUGGACCCAAAUAAUCCAAAUCGCUUAAUUUCAUAUUCGAUAGAAACUAGUGUUGUAAUACUUGGUAAAUCUAUCCCACAUUCCACUGGGUGUAAUUCCCGAUAUUCUGAAAUACCAUUAAAUAUAUGCAUUGAAGAUCCAGUCAUAGCAAAUGCAAUAGCUGAUAGCUUAACUUCUGGUCGUCCACCAUUAGUUUUAACACCUGAUGUCAGACGAUCUAUUGAUGCAUUCCGUUGCUGGUUAAAUAAUUCACUGUCGAAACAGUCAUUUUUAUUAGUUGGUCCUGAAGGAUGCGGUAAAACUCUUCUAUUAGAUUAUUGUUUUGCUACAUUAUCUCAAUCAAUUCAUGUCGUCACUGUUCAAUGUUCAGCUCAAACAACACCAAAUCAUAUUUUAGAUAAAUUAAUGCAAUAUUGUAUUUGUGUUAUAAGUACAACUUCAAAAAUGUCUAGUGGACGUGUAUUACGUCCUAAAGAAGGUGAUCAACUUAUUUUAUACUUACGUGAUCUUAAUCUACCUAAACCAGAUAAAUGGGGAUCAUGUCAAUUAAUUGCAUUUUUACAACAAAUACUUACUUAUCAAGGAUAUUAUGAUCCAACCAGUUUAGAAUUUAUUAGUAUUGAAGGAAUUCAGUUUGUUUGCAGUUUUACACCAUCAACCACAUCAAUAGGACUUGGACGUUAUUCCUUAUCGAAAAGAUUCACAUCGGCUUUACGUUUAACUGUGAUAAACUAUCCUGAUAAAGAUCAGUUGGUUAAUAUAUAUGCUUGUUUAUUACAAGCUAUCAUUGUUUCUAAAUUACAAGCAAAUAACCAAUCAUUUGGUUCAAAACAAUUAAAUCAUGAUGAUGGGAUGAAACAUAAUACUUAUAAAACAAUUUUUAAUCCAGCUAGAAUACAUAAUAUGUCUACUAUAAUGAUUCAAAUAUUAUCUGAACUACAACAUAAUUUUCGCGCUGAUGAAUAUGCUCAUUGUGUAUUUACACCUCAUUUAUUAACUCAGUGGGUAACUGGAUUAUUGCGCUACGAUUUAAAUAUAUCAGUCAAUUAUAUCUGGGCAGUAUUCGGUUAUGAAGCAAAACGUUUAUUUCGUGAUUGUUUGCCCGGUGAAAAUGCACGUCAUCAAUUCGAUGUAUUAUUCAAUAAGAUUUUAUGCAGUUUGGGAAUUAUCAAAUGA